AUGCCAGACGGUGAUCGCGGCAGCGAGGGUCGCCGUGGGCAGCGGUCCGAGGAACGGAUCGAAGAGAGUCGUGAGCAGCGCGCGACGGGUGGCGUGCUCCCGGCGCACGGCGAGCUGACGAACGAGGACGAACUGACGGACGAGAACGAGCUGCCGGACGUGGACGAGCUGACGAACGACGAGAGCGAGUCGCAGAACGACAACGAGCUGCCCUGGUUGUACUGA